CGCGCCGCGACCAGCGCCGACGUCGCAUCGUUUGUGAUUGUGCUCCCGCUGAGCCGACCUAUGAUAUCAUUCAUGCUAAUCUCCGCCCGUUGAUUUUCCUGCCGAGUGACCGCAGUGAGACGGCCGCGAUAUCGCGUGUGCCGAAUGUGCUCGGACGUCGCCCGUGUACUUUUCCAUCGGAUACCGAGCGCGCCCACGAAACCAGUUCGGAGUGCCGGAACGCGCCUUCGGAUGAGAUCUCCGAGUGAGCGUCUGUGACCCGCGGCCUGAGAUGCUGCGCCCGUGACCGUCUCGCGACAGUGCCACGAAACCACAUCCGAUGAUCUCGGCGAGCCACCCCGGCGAGGCGCUGGCCCAGCUGCAGCUGGGGCACCUGGGCCACCUGUACCCCGCGCCGCCGACCGCUGCGAUGACGCCCGAGUUUCUCACGCCUCCGCCGCGCCCUUAUCCGCGCUACGCCGCGCGCCGCCCGCGCGACCCUCCCGCACACCCCGCGCCUGCGCCGGUGCCCGCCCCUGCACCUCACCCUCCGCCCCCGGCGCCCUUCGCCGGCUAUGCACCCUUCCUGCCGCACGCGCCUUACGCCUACCUGUACGGCGCGCGCCCGCAGCCUCCCGCCGCCUACCCGUUGCGAGCGCGCUCCUCCUCCGGCUUCGUGCCCCCGGCGCCCGCGCCUGCGCCCGCCCCACACCGCUCGCCAGUGCCCGCGCCGCACGAACAGCCAGCGCCUGCGCCCGCACCCGUGUCAUCCUCCAUAGAGGAGGCUCCGAUGUCGCCGGAACGGGGCGCGCCUGCGCCGUACUUCUGCCGCGGCGCUAUGAUCCGGCUGGAGGACGGGUCGCUGCGGCGCGUGGAAGAAAUGCGCACGGAGGACUUCGUGAGCAGCGCGGGCCGCAGCGCGCAUCUCGCCCUCACCAAGUGCACGCUGCUGCGUCUCGAUGAGCGCGGCGACAACCUCGCACUCACACUCACCUACGAUAGGAACCGCACUCAGGUGGAGUUAGACUGGACGGUGGACAGGCCGUUCUUUGUGUACGGGCGGGGCUGGGCGUCGUGCAAGCCGGAGCGCACGCUGGCGCGGUACGGCCUGCGAGUGCAGAGGCUGCAGGUCGGCGACGUCUGCGUGUCACUGGUCGCUAAGAGCCAUACGGCUGCGAACGGCACAGUUACCAGCAAUCUGGGGGUUAACAAUGUCACCAACUGUCUACCAGCACCUCCACAGACGCAUCCAGAGAACCUCAGUGUGAAAGAGGAUGCCCGCAAACGACGCUGGUCCGCCCCCGACGUGAACGACGAUGACCGUCCACCACUCAAGAAGCGCUGAGCGCACUAUGACUUUAAAAUUGUGAAAACUUUCCCGUGCGUUCGCUCGGACUUUGCCCCGCUCUGACGAGGGGAUCGUUAAAUUCAUUAGUAAUAAAGGUGAGCCAAACUCACAUGGUAAUGUAGAUAAAUAGAUCGCCCCAGUGACUUCGCGCGCAACGAUUUAAAUCAAUUGGUAGGCCUUCAAAAUCCGUUUUCAUUCAAAGAAAUAAGUUAAUUUAUCAGAUAAUUGCGAUUAAUUUUUGAUAAGAUAGAAUUAAAAAUGACAAAAUAAUUUACAGUUUCGUUUAUUCUAUAAAUAGUAAUAGAACGAUUUAAAAUUCUAACGCAUUAAUGAGACAAAGUUUUCAGAGUUUCCCGCGUAAUUUUGACAUGUGACAGAUAAUAAUGGCCGCUAAUAUAUUUAAAUCGGUGUUCGUGUCGCGUUCGGUUCGAUGUAGUUGUGACAGCGAGCGCUGACUGUACGCUUAUGUUCUCUUGGGGAACACCAGGUGCUUAUUUCUGUCGGGUGCUUCUUUACGCGUUCGUGUAAUUAUUGUAAAUAGGUAACUUAAGUCUAUUGAAUAUUACACUCCAUGACCAAUAUUAUGUCACAAAAGUGCCGGUAAUUAUACUACGCUGAAUUCUAUUUCAAUAAUUUACAACUUUCUACUUACUACCGCUAUCAGAGCCGUUAAGCGUCCCUUAAUGACCACUUAAAAUCUCUGAGUGCGGCAGUUAGAUGCAAAUAAGUUUUUAAUCCACUAAAAACAUGUGGAUAACAAAAUCUGUAGUAAAAGUAAGUAAAAUUAAUUCAGCAGAUAAAAAAAAUAUUAUAAUAUUAGUUCUAAUAUUAACUUGAUCACAUGAAGCAUAAAUCCAAAAUAGUAACAAUAUAACAUGGGGUAUGAAAUAUCUGAAAAAGCACAAAAUAACAACGCGUUAUUUAUCAGAUCUUAAUAUUAGGUUAGAUAUUGUGAUAAUUGAGAUUUAUAUCGCCCGUCAACUGACAGCUGGCGACGGUUAAAUGUUAAAGGUACAAUGAAUGUUAGCGAAAUACCUUGGGUUUCCACAGCUAAAACACUAUGUAAAACAUAUUAUAUUCUCUUUGGAAAGACAGAGAUAACAAUGUUUUUGUAUAGAAGUUUUGUCAGUGGGAAUCUACGGUUAGCGAGUAAUGUUGGCGUGUGCUUAAACUCCAAUAGUUUAUCGGUUGCGGGUAUCCGAAUUAAUUCGUUUCACUCGAGUUAGUCCUCUCGAUUAUUUUUCGGAUUUCCCUAAUGGUUGUGACAGCGACAUAUCGUGCGCGGGUCGCACAUUAAUUUGCAAUAGUUUUUGAGUUCGGGCGUUCAUAUAUCAAUCUUAUUGAAUCCGCACAUUAUAAAAUUCAGCGAGUACUUAGUGGAACAAAUGGCUGACUCUUCUUGAGAAAUAAUUUGUUUAUAUAAUAAUGUUGUUGAUACCUAUAUUGUAAAAAAAUAUGUAAAAUGGUCAUGGUUAUUAGAUGAUAUAUCUAUUGGUUUUUUGACGUCCAUGUGUGAUACACAUAACUUUUCUAUGAGAAGAUGUAUACAUAAUAAACACACCGUCUGUGAUAUUUUGUAGGUCAGAGUAGGUAUGAAGUAUUGCUUGGAUAAACAAAUAUAUAUGUUUUUAGAAUAAUAAGUGCGUUAUUGGUAAGGAGCCGCAGUUAUAUUAUACUCGGAAACGAUACGCUGGAUAACAAAAAUUUAAUACAAAUAAAACAAGUAGCAACUGUGAUUAAUAUACAUAUAAAUCGUUACUCUGAUAACGACAAACACAUGGCCAUAUCAAUUGAGACAAAUGUAGUUAUCAUAUGUCUCUCAUUUGGAAUUGUCUUUGGUUUUUGUUAAUUAGGUAUUAAAAAUCCCAAAAAGUUAAAAACUUAUAUCAAACAGAUAUUAUUUUAAAUAACUCUUACAAUUAAAUUUAACUUAAUUCGAAUUACUUUGUUUAGAGGAGGAGGAGGUAGCUGAAUAACCUAUUACAGUGAAACCUGGUUAAGUGAGACAUCAAGGGACCUGCAAUGUCGUUUCACUUAUAGAGGUAUUCCACUUACCCAGUGUCUCAGAUAUACAGGUAUAAAUAAAUAUCUGUCUCAUUUACAGAGGGUUCAUUAAUAGAGGUGAGAAUACAGAUUAUUUCAGUUAUACAGGUGCGAUCAUUAAAUAAAAUAAUGGGUUAUGUAUUAGCAAACACUGUUCAAGUUCAGGAUAUUCUGAUAAACGUACACGUUUUAAUUUUCCUUGUCCUUCUAUGUUUACUCUGAAUUAUUCUACAAAGAGUAGAUUUUGGCACAUUAAAU